AUGACGUACAUGGAUAUCUGCUUCCCUUGGGAGGAUCUGGGUGAUAAUAUUUCUCAUCAGAAGCGGUAUUUAAUCGCCCGUGAGAAACUCCAGGAGUUCACUGAGCUAAAGCAGGAGUUGGACAGACUAGUGUCGGGAGUGCCCGCAGUAGGGCUCAUCGAGAAACACUGGCUCGAGCAUCAUCACCGUAUACGGGGGCCGGCUCGGAAUAGGGCGGCGACUCGUCUUGCAGCGUGGUGGAAAGCGGUGCCAAGCCAACGGGCUUACAAGGCAUUCUGUCGAGCAAGGAAAGCUAAUAGGGCGGCUGUAACGUUGCAGAGGUUUUGGAGGAGAGAAUUAAAUCGGAGGAAGGCUGCGUUGCAAAGGGAGUUGGCAGAACAUGCGGCUAUUGUGUCGCGAGUACAGGCGUUGUGGCGGGGACGAGUGGCUCGGAGGAAAGUUGGUAAACUGCGGCAAGAAGCUGCUGAGCGAAGUGCUGACUUGAGAGCCGCGAUGUUCAUACAAGCGGCGUAUAAGAGGAAUAGGGAGAAGCGGCGGACUUUGGUAGAGGGCAUUGCUGCGAUGAAAGUUGCUCUGGUGUGGAGGAGUUUUCUCGCUCGGCGGAAGCUACAGCGGCAAAUGAGUGCGGAAUACAUUCAGCUGUAUUGGCGGAACUUGAAACGGAGGAAGGUGACUCGGGAAAAUAGAGCGGCAACGACGAUCCAGAGCAUACGCCGAGGGAACUUGGUCCGGCGGGAAAACGCCAGGCAGAAGGAGCUCAUCAUACGACUGCAGACGAGGCGACGGGGCACUGUGGCGCGCCGGGUGGCGGAGGACCUGAGGCAGGCUGCAGCCCGUGAUAGUAGAGUGGUGCACGCGACCACAUUCAUACAGGCGAUCUUCAAGGGCAACCGAGCGAGGCAAAAUUUCCUGUUUGAGAAGAUGAUGCGUGAGCGAGCGAGUAUCAUUAUACAGUGUCUAUGGAGAGGGAGUAAGGCUAGGAAGGAAACAGGGAAGCACAGAGAGCACUUAGUGAGGGUCCAGGCCCUCUGGCGUGGUGCUCUGGCAAGACGGGAGGUGAACGAGCUGAGGGAGGCGAUUGUGCUGGAAGAUAGAGUUAUCAACGCGAUGACGUUUAUACAGGCAAUGUACAAGGGCAAUGCGCAGAGACGAAAGUACCUUUGGGAGAAAAUGAUGGUGACGCGAGUGCAGAGGACUUGGAGACGCUUUGUAUGGCAGCGCAGACUGAGAAGGGCGAGUGCUACGAAAACGAUACAGUUGUAUUGGCGAUGGAGAAAGGCUGCAUUGAGAGGAGAGGAAGGGCGACGGCGUGCCGCAAUAGCAUUGCAAACUAGGUGA